AUGCACCCAAGCUUCGAGUUCCUACGUUCCUUUGACGUUUCUAACGGUCAAGGUACUAGCACACUCACUUCCGAGGAGACAGAGGAGUUGUCGUUUUCGGUCAUUUGCCGAACUCGAGAGAUUGCCGGUGAGGAUGAUUCCGAUGAUGAAGAGCGACCACCAGAAAGAGAGCAACCGGCGGGAGAGGAGGUGUCCCCUGCACCCUUAGCUCUCGCGAAAGCGAAGAGGGCUGUCAAGAAAGCGAAGAGGGCUGUCAAGAAAGUCACCCGCGAACCCACAGAACUCCCAGCCGUCCCUGACUUCAAGGACGUCUUCAAACACCAAAAAACACACCUACGUGGACUCAACAUCGGCGCAUGUGGUACCACCCGCAUCAACUCAGCCUGCUUCCCUGACACUUUGAAAGUGGGUAAGAGUGAGAAACUACAAUGGAAUACCCUGACAGGAGUUGUUAUCGACAAACAAGUUCUUGCCGUCGUUUGGAUGGAUAAUGCACCCGUCACCAUGCUGAGUACCAUCCACAAAAUCAACACGGAUGAUGACUUCAUUGAGCGUAUUCGACGCUGCCCUCGCAACACUAGCACUAACGCAGCCAAUGCUCGGGCAAUAUUCAAUGGUAAGCCCAGAGCGGCACUCAAAAUCCCCAAGUUGAUUGAUGACUACAACCACAACAUGAAUGGCGUCGAUGUCAGUAACCAGUUCAGGGCAUAUUACAGCACCCAAUUAACCGUGUUCAGGACGUGGAUGCCUCUCUUUUUUGGAUUCUCGACACCACCAUCGUCAACGCCUAUCGAAUCUAUGUCGUCCAAAAAGGAUCCCUUUCUCACAAAACUUUCUGUCUCAGGUUGGCAUGGGAUUUGA